AUGGCCCCCCGCGGCAGAGCACAUAUUCUCGACGAAAACAUCAGAGUCAUUCAACCACUAGCAAAAUAUCUCCAUGAUCCCGCUGCUAUGCGUGUGCUCAGUGUUGAGUGGCGCGUGACUCUCAAUAAAAUGAGUACAAGUACUGCGAAUCCAUCUCCAGAGAAUCAAGUCUUCAGUGGACCGACCAAAAAAACGGUACAAGGCCCAAAGUGA